UCAUCGCGGUGCGUCGUUGUCACGAAAGGGGGGUUAUUUCAUAGGUCAAUGGGCUGGCGCUCAGAUGCCUCUUUCGAAACAACAUUAUCUGUUGUCGCUCAGCUGAAGAGUAGGCCUAGUCUUAGGAAUGCCGAAGAAGUUCCAGGGCGAGAACUCAAAGGCGAUGACUGCCAAGGCCCGCAAGUCAGAGGCCAAAGCAGUGGAAGACGCCCGCAAGAAGAAGGAGCUGGAGGAUGCUUUAUGGCAGGAGAACGAUAAACAUGUCCUGAAGAAAGAACAGAGGAAGGACGACAAGGAGAAGAAGCGCCUUGAGGCCCUGGAGAGAAAGAAGGAGAACCAGCGGCUCUUGGAUGAGGAGGCUGCAAAGAUUAAGGGCAAGGCCAAGGAGGCUGCUGCUGCUGCUGUGGCGGCGGGCAAAGUGACCCGGGCCCAGAUUGAGGAGACGCUGCAUGUCGAGCAGCAGCUACAACAGCAGGAGCAUUCCAAAGAGAAAGAGAAGAGUCACCUGGAGUCGCCCCUGGAGGAGAAUGUGAAUCGCAUCAUCCCUGAGGAAGGUGCAGUGGAGGCUAGAUCCAUAGAGGAUGCCAUUGCUAUGCUCAGCAUGGCUGAAGAGCUUGACCGCCACCCCGAGCGCAGGGUGAAGGCAGCGUUCGCCGCGUACGAGGAGCUGAACAUGCCCCUCCUUAAAAAAGAGAACCCCAACAUGCGGCUGUCGCAGCUCAAGCAGCAACUGAAAAAGGAGUGGAUGAAGUCACCAGAGAACCCCCUGAACCAGCGCUUUGCCAACUACAACACCAAGUGAACCAACUCCAGCAGCAGCUAACACAAAACUGUUACCUAUGCACAUUGGCCCUUACAAUGGAAGAUGCCUCCAACCUAUAAUUAUUCCCCCAUUAUGAAUGCGUUGCUGGAAAAGCUGCACUCACUCCCUAGGAAGGACCUCUGAUGCAAGGAAUCGCCUUGGGACUUCAGCUUGUUUCAUUUAGAGGAAAAGCAACCCCCCCAUCCUUUUGAUUUUCUGUUACUGUGCAUUCCCACUUGUGAAGCAUCUCAGCGGUUUAUGGAUUUUAUUCCCAUUAUCAGUUUUUGCCACUUAAGUUGAAAAUGGGAGGGUGUGUGACAGAAGUUUGAGAUUUAAAAUAAUUUAUUUCAGUUCACAAUACUAGCAUCUAAUUGUUUCUGAGAGUGAGACUACAGGUAUGUCGCUUUGGAUAAGAGCGUCAGCUAAAUUACAAAAAUGUCAAAUGUGGUCUGCACUCUUGCCUAUAGUAAUCGCCACCUUUAAAGGCCCAAUGCAGCUGUUUUUAUAUAAAUAUCACAAUUUCUGGGUUACAAUUAAGUAUGUUACUGUACUAGUUUUCCAUUAAAAUUGUGAAAUUAUUUUUUUGCUA